GAGUUAAACCAUGUCUCCCUCUCUUUCGCUCUUCUAGUGAUCAGGGCCAAGGUGGUUGGAAAGAAAGUGGUUGAGGCUGGUAAUGACGUCUAUGGCAACACCAUCAAGAGGAUCAAGUACGACAUCAAACAGAUCAAGGUAUGGUCAGCCUUUUUAUUAAGUGGUUGCUGCAGUCAGUGAGGUUCAAAACUGUAUAUGGACAUGUUUGAUAGAGCCUUCUCUUUCUCUCCUUGUGAUUGGUUAGAUGUUCAAAGGUCCUGACCGGGAUAUCGACGCCAUCUUCACUGCACCCUCCUCAGCCGUUUGUGGCGUUACUCUGGAAACCAAUGGCAAGAAGGAGUAUCUCUUCACAGGUGCGGUUAUCACUACGUUACCAAGUUCUAUUGCCAGCACUGGUUCAACUGCUCAACCUAGAAAUGCUUACAACAUUAUGACCAUCCCAUUGACUGCAUGCUGUAUGAAGAAACAAGUGCUUCAGAACAAUACAUUUUUGGUACAGCUUCAGGUUUCAAUUCAUAAUAACUGUUUGUAAUCCAUUUUGGUGUUUUUAAAUUAAUUAUGUAUACCCAUUGAUUCUUGAAGAAUGUAGCUUGUAAAUUAGUAAUGUCCUUAGCUCAACUGUUGUACCCCAUCAGAACCCAAAAUACAAGCUUGUUUUCAUUUUAAUCUGAUGGAUGGUCAGUGUUUGCCUCCAUAGCUCUGUCUAUGAAUUUGAGAGUGGUUACGUUUCUCCAGCCCCAUCCCUCAGCUGUUUACCAAAACAGUGGCGGGGUAUCUGCUUUAUUAUUGUUUGAACUGCAGAUUUCUAUAUUAUUCAUGAUACAUUUUAUAAAUGCUUAUGAAUUAACCAUUUUAUAAUGCUUAUAAAUGUUUACAAAUAUUGAAAUACUAAUUUAUUUUAGGUAUUUAUGUACACUAGUUAUAAAUAGUUUAUUAAUGCUUAUUCAUGAAAGUUAUUUUAAAGUGUUACCCACUUGAUGAGGAGUUCCAGUGUUCCUGUCUGCAUCAGUAUGUUUUCUCUAUGGGACAAUGACUCACUAUCUCCUCUCUGUCUGCAGGCAAGCUGGAGACUGAUGGAACGAUGCACGUAACACUGUGUGACUUUAUUGAGUCUUGGGAGGCCAUGAGUGCCACACAAAAGAAGAGCUUGACUCAACGCUAUGAGAGUGGCUGCAAGUGCAAGGUGUGUGUGUGUGUUGUUUGAUGGGAAUUAUAGUAAUAUUACAGUACACCAGUUUUGUUCAAUAUUUACACAGCACAUUCUCUUAAAGGGAGUACUCUGGUCACAUUGGUAAAACACAUGAGCUAGAGUAUUGGGAUAAUGAUCAGUCAGUGAUCUUGGUCUUUCUCUCUCUCUGCUCUGAUCUACAGAUCAUCCGCUGCACUUCCAUCCCCUGUACGAUCAGCGCCCCAGAGGAGUGCCUGUGGACGGAUUGGGUGAUGGAAAAGAGCCACAGCGGUCCCCAGGCCCAACACUUUGCCUGUAUCAAUAGGAGCGAUGGGUCCUGUGCCUGGUACAGGGGGAUAGCACCACCCAAGAAGGAGUUCCUGGAUAUUGAAGACCCCUAA